AUGGCAGGAAACAACAGGACUGAGCGUACCCCUUUACUUGAUGGCGAUGCACCUGCAGCCAGUCGUGCCGACUCAACUGAGUCGACGGGCACCCGGAUCAAGCGCUUCUUGCAACGCAAUGGCGUCUACCUCAUCAUCAUACUUCUGCUCUUACUGGUCCUCAUUCCAUUGAUCAUCCAGAGUGUUCGUCAAGGCUCUGAGCACCAUGACCACAACUCCCAUGAUCAUGAUCAUGAUCAUGAUAAGAAACCUUCGAAUCCACCAUCUAACGAUACCGAGCUUUGUACAUCUGCCGCAUGUGUGCUCGCAUCUGCGAACAUCAUUCGUAGCCUUGCGCCAAACUACGAGAAGUUGGAUCCUUGCGAUGACUUCCGCACAUACGUCUGCGCUGGAUUUGAUGCUAGCCACGAGAUUCGGGAGGACCAAGCCGGCGUUGGCAAUCUCCAAAUCAUGAAUGAGAAUAACCAACUCAUCUUGAAGCAUAUCCUGGAAUCGCCUGCUCCCAAGGAUACCUCCCUGUUCUGGACUGCGGCAAACCCUGAUAAGGAGAUUUUCAGCAAACUUCAGGAUGGCUACAACGCCUGCAUGAACGAGACUCUGCUUGCUUCCAUUGGAUCUAAGCCUUUGCUGGAUCUUCUUCUGCGGCUCGACAAGAUCUAUACUACCGAGCACCCAAAGUCAAGCAAGAAAGAUGAGUCGCUUACCAAGGCCGUUGAAUACUUGAUGGAGAUUGGUGUUGGAGGUCCUAUUUCCGUCGACGUCGGUGCUGAUGACAAGGAUCCUGAUGUCAACAUCAUCUCUGUUGGCGCUCCGUACUCAUUCGGACUGCCCAGCAAACAAUACUACGAGCGUGCAGAGAUUGUUGCAUCGUAUAAAGGCACCAUUGGAACUGUUCUGGAAGCCCUUCUCAAAGAAGCCAAUUCUGACGCACUGUCUUUUAUGUUCGACGGGGACAACAAUUCUAGAACACUGAGCAAGGAUCUUGUUGACAGCGUAGUCGCUCUCGAAAAGUCCAUGGCCAAUGCUGCCCCGGAUCCAGAGGAUGCUGCAGAUGUCACAAAGUACUACAACCCACGCACGCUGAAGGAGACUGAAGCCUACAACUCGGAGAUCUCUGUCACGCACAUCUUGAACACAUUUGCUGGAGGUUACGAGCCUUCGAAGAUUAUUGUUGGCUCGCCAUCCUAUCUGAAGGACCUGUCCAAGAUACUCAAAUCGUCAUCGCGAAACACAAUCAAAAGCUACCUGGUCUGGAAGGUGGUUCAAUCGUGGGCCGGAGCUGUAGAAGACCCAGCCGUACAGCCACUUCUCCGCUUUAGGAACAAGCUGCAAGGCAAAGCUCCUGAUGUCAAGCAAGAGCGUUGGAGAACAUGCGUGAGUACUGUUGGUAACGAUCUCGGUAAGCAACAAGCUCGGUCAUUAUGGAUUCUUCUCCUGCUAAUCUGGAACANNGAAUGGAUCAUGAGCCGCUUCUUCGUAGAGCGUGCUUUCUCCAAAGAGGCCAAAGACUUGGGUGAUCAGAUCAUUCUUGACAUCAAGGAUGAGUUUACCAUCAAGCUCAACGAGUCAGAAUGGAUGACUGAAAGCGUUCGUCAGUUGGCGAUCGAAAAGGUCCAUCUCAUUCGCCAGAAGAUUGGAUACCCCACCCAAAGCCCUGACAUUACCAAUGCUGGUGAAUUGCAAGAGUACUACAGCAACAUCAGCAUCUCAGCGACCACACACUUCGAAAACAAGCUGUCGGUUGUCAGACACGACAUCCGCGAGAGCUGGUCGCAAGUAGGCAAGCCUGUUGAUAAGGAUGAGUGGGGCAUGAGCGCUCAAACGGUGAAUGCUUAUUAUAAUCCUCCAGCCGGGAUUAUGCAAGCCCCAGUCUUCUACGACCCAUCCAUUCCGAAGUAUCUUUCUUACGGUGCAUUCGGAGCCGUUGCUGGUCACGAGUUGUCUCACGCUUUCGACUCGUCCGGCAGAAACUACGAUCAGAACGGUAACUAUACUGACUGGUGGGACAACUCCACUAUCAAGGCUUUCAAGACCAAGACCGAUUGCUUUGUCGAGCAAUACCACAACUACACUGUUCCUACCAAGAAUGGCCGUCUACCGAUCAAUGGCAAGCUUACGCUAGGCGAGAACAUCGCUGAUGCUGGUGGUCUUACCGCGGCUUACCAAUCGUGGAAACGCCGCGAUGACGAGAAGACAGAUUUGAUGCUGCCUGGUCUUGAUCACUUUACUAAGGAGCAGAUCUUUUUCCUCGCAUACGGUCAGACUUGGUGUGGCAAGAUGAGAGAGGAGCAGAUUGUACAGAGAAUCUACACUGACCCUCACAGCCCGGACAUGUUCAGAAUCAAGGGAACGACCGCCAACUCGCGUGAGUUCAGGGAGGCAUUCAGCUGUCCUGUCAAAGCGCCCACUUGUGAGCUCUGGUAG